AUGUCUGAUCCUGCCCCUCUUUCACGAACUCAUACUUCCUACUCGCUGAGACGAACAGAAACAGCCUCGUCACUGAGACGAGAACUGUCCAACGUCCCCAGUGAGCCCGACAUUAACGCUCCUAUUGUCGAUGGCACUGCAGAGUUUCCCGAGGAGUACACCAUGGAGACCGAAACCGGUCUUGUGCCCCAGAGAUCUCUUCGAGAACUUAGAGGAACAGACUCAGAUGAGCUGGAGAAGGGAGACUCGUCGUCUGGAAGCGAAAUUGAGUACGUCACCUUCACUGUCAAUGACCCCGAUAACCCCCAAAACUGGAACAACAAGACAAGAUGGUUGUACACCCUCUGUGCCACACUCACCGUGGUCUGUGUGGCCUUCGGAUCAGCUUGUCCUGCUGGAGCAGUCAAUGUAAUUGCUCGAGAACUCCAUGUUGGUCCCGUUCCUGCUAUUCUGUCGGUCUCAAUGAUGGUAAUUGGCUUCAUGCUGGGUCCUCUGCUGUGGUCUCCUCUCUCUGAACAGAUUGGUCGACGACCCGUCUACGCCGUCACCAUGCUCAUCUACGUUAUCUUCAACAUCCCCUGUGCCCUCGCCAAGAACAUUGGUACCAUGCUUGUAUGUCGAUUCCUGUGUGGUGUCUUUGCUGCCUCUGGUCUCUCUAACGCUGGAGGAACCAUUGCUGACCUGUGGAGCAUUGAUGAGCGAGGAAAGGCUAUCGCUUUCUUUGCGGCUGCUCCUUACUGUGGACCUGUUCUGGGACCCAUCGUGUCAGGAUGGAUCGCUGUGGGAACCGACAAGUUCGAGCUCGUCUUCUGGGUCAACAUGGCGUUUGCUGGAUUCACCACCAUCGUCAUUGCUCUUGUUCCCGAGACUUACGCUCCUGUGAUUCUCAAGCACCGAGCCAAGAAGCUCCGAAAGGAAACAGGCAAUUCCAAUAUCAUGACUGAACAGGAGGCCAAGAAGGCUACCCUGUCUGAUGUGAUCAAGGAGGUGCUUCUGCGACCUCUCUAUCUGUGUGCUACCGAGGUAAUCCUCGAUUUGAUGAAUCUCUACGUCGUUCUCAUCUAUGCUCUUCUGUACGCCUUCUUCUUUGCCUUUCCUGUCAUCUUUGAUGAGCUUUAUGGCUACAACGACGGUAUUGUUGGUCUCAUGUUCAUUCCCAUUCUCAUCGGUGCCGCAUUUGCCCUAUGUGUUACUCCUUGGUGUGAGAGCAAGUUCAAGGCCAUCUGCAAGGUUCGAAAGCCAACUCCCGAAGACCGUCUUCUCGGAGCCCUCAUCGGAGCCCCUUUUAUUCCCAUCUCACUGUUCAUUCUCGGAGCCACCUCCUACAAGCAUAUCAUCUGGGUCGGCCCCGCCUCUUCCGGAAUCGCCUUCGGUUUCGGCAUGGUACUGGUCUAUUAUGCCGUCAACAACUACAUCAUCGAUUCGUACGCCAAAUACGCAGCUUCGGCCCUUGCAGCCAAAGUAUUUGUGCGGUCUGGAGGAGGAGCUGCUUUCCCUCUGUUUACUACCCAGAUGUACAAAGCCAUGGGCCUGCAAUGGGCCUCGUGGAUGCUGGCCUUUGUAGCUCUUGCCAUGGUCGCUAUCCCAUAUGCCUUUUUCUUCUUUGGAGCCCGUCUUCGAGCUCGGUUUGUCAAGGUAAACUACACCGAAUAA